GCCACACAUAAAAUGGCCCUAAACUCGUGCUUUUGUCCUGCUUCACAAGUGAAUGGGAUUCGGGGAAACAACAUUUGCACUCUACAGUUCCGUAUUGUGAUAGACUAACUGGAUCAACUGAACGCAUGCUUUUCUAUUUGAAAAACUAGCUGUCAUAAAGCAGAAAUUACUACGAUAACGUUUAGCUCAGCUGAAGUGAUGACCAGGUUGUGAGUUAGUGAUGGAGAACAUUGAGGAGACGCCAUUUCGGAUCACCCAUACCGUCCAAGCGCUGGGCUCCGCACUACGGGGAGAGCCUGAAAAUGUUCCUGAUGCUAAUGGUCUGGGUAGCGGGGACAGAAUCUCUAGUGAGCCGGUGAAGCUUUGGUUCAAAGAAAGCAGCGCUAAGAAUCUCCGAAACAGGGACUUCUUGUCACCCACUACGGUGCUGAAUACGCUUUAUGCAGACGGACAGGUUCCCCCAGCAGUGAUGGUUAGACUGCAGUCCCUGAGAGGGACAGGGGUUCUCCCUGUGGCUGGAGGGGAACUUAUGGGAGAGGGGCUGAGGGUGCGGGUCGACCGGACUGCUGCGUUUCAGAAGGUCCUGAGUGACUCGUCGGUGUACCUGACGCCUCCUUGCCAGAGACAGGGGUGUGUGGUGCUCAACUGCCCCGCCCUGCACCCCAAACCAAAUUUACCCUCCCCUGACACCCUCACGCUGGGGCAACUACGCACUGUGCUGCUGACUGACCACUUAGGGGCGCUACUGAGGAGACAGGGGUUUAUUGUGUCCUGCUGCCCUGUGCUGCCAGAGGAAAGUGACAUCAUUGUCUUUCUCCGAUUGCUUGGCAUCGAUUGGCCCACAGUGCCCAUCAGCUGGACCAAUGAUGAGAGGGAGGAGAACAUUUUGGAGGCUUUACAGAAUUCCUCGUACAGAGAAAGAGAGGAGACAGAUGGAGGAAGAAAAGAGAGUGAAGGAAAUAAUAUGGAUGGAGAUAAAGAGGAGAUGCUCAGGGUGAACUUGAAGAGGGUGUUUCAGGAGGAGCAGCUGCCAGGGUAUGACCCCAGCCUGGGCACCUGUACAGUGCAAAGGGACAGUGUGUCUCAUCUGGCCCAACUGGACAGGGCUACUGCAGGCUGCACUGUAUCCACGGCAACCGCAGUACAUGUCACUUCCUGUCAGGAUGAGUUCCGUCAGCAGCAGAUAGCAAUGCUGUGGAGAGCAAGUGGUGCAACAGUGACACAGAGGCAUCUUGUUUGUGGACCAAUGAAGACACCUGGAACUCACCUCAGUGCUGCCCAGUACCUUCAACUGAGAAGAGUGCAGAUGAAGGAGGCCUCUGAGAUUAAGUAUGGAGAACAAGUCGAAGACCAGACUUUGGAUGACAUCAUCAAGGUCAUGACCUCAGCCACAGUGAGGUUUGAGCUGCUCUCAACAGUCCAUACGAGCCCGGUCACUCUGGAUGUGCAGAGGGAAGGCAGCGUGUCCACCAAGGGCCCCAGGGGCGGAGUCUUCGUCAUGUACAACUGUGCACGGCUGCACACCCUAUUUGACAGCUACGAGCGAGGUGUGGAGAAAGGACUUUACCCUGAAAUCCCAGAGGGAUCCCAGUUGGACUUCUCAGCUCUAAAAGAAGAGGGGGAGUGGCUUCUUCUGUUCAAUUACCUCAUUCCAUUCUCUGAGCUUCUCGACCAAACAGGACAGACGUUGGAGUGUGAUGGAGGGGCCAGAGUCAACCUGAAGACUGAACAGAUCUGCAAGUUCCUGGUGUCCCUCAGUAAGGAUUUUAGCUCCUAUUACAACAGAGUCCACGUCCUUGGGGAGCCGUUGCCUCACCUCUUCAAUCAGAUGUUUUGUCGGCUGCAGUUGUUGAGAGCACUAAGAGAGCUCUACCAUAGCGCACUAGACACUCUUCACCUUCCUCCCAUUCCACAGCUAUAGCCCCAAAUACCCCAACUAUAGCCAGAAUUAUAGCCCCAAGAACUGACCCAAAUACCCCAACUAUAGCCCCAUGAACUGCCCAAAUAUAAGGCCCAUUAACGGACAAAAAUAUCACUAGCCUAUCCCAUAGAUGAAAUAGACAUAGAAAUCUCACUUUUACUGCCCAAAGGUAAUACUGUAGUUAGCAAUAGCCUUUUAUUUUCUCCAAAUUGAAGCCCUUUAAGUCCCCAUAUACUUACACCGUAUAUUACACCCACUCUAUUUAUUGUUGAUAAAAGAACGUGUAUAAAUGAUUCACCCUACAGUGAAGUAUUUGUCUCCCCAGUCUUAUCACCAGUAUCUCUGAUCUACCACAGAUACAGCCUCUACCAUAGAUACUCACUGCCUUUGAACCAAUGAUCAUCUUCAGUCUUCCCUUAUACAAUACCAUAGAUUCUUUUCCACUAACAAACACUGCCCCAGAGCCAUAGGUAUUUACACAGACUCUGCAUGUACACUGUAAGCAAUGCCCCCGCCCUCAUCAAUAGAUAUUGCUCCUGGCCAUGAGCCAUUUGUUCCCCUACCUUCCCCCCUUCUUCAACUUGAAUAAUACAAAUAGAGAUGUUUCACUACAUCUCUCACACACACACACACACACACACACACACACACACACACACAGUGCAUUUGGAAAGUUUUCAGACCCCUUGACU